GGCUGCUAGGAUACCGCCUCUCCCCGCUGAGUCUUCCAGUUUCCCGGCGUGCUUCGGGCCCGCCAAAUGGGAGGGGGAGACGCAAGAUGGCGGCAGCCGCGAACUCUGGCUCCAGCCUCCCGCUGUUCGACUGCCCGACCUGGGCAGGUAAACCCCCACCUGGUUUACAUCUGGAUGUAGUCAAAGGAGACAAACUAAUUGAGAAACUGAUUAUUGAUGAGAAGAAGUAUUACUUAUUUGGGAGAAACCCUGAUUUGUGUGACUUUACCAUUGACCACCAGUCUUGCUCUCGGGUCCACGCUGCCUUGGUCUACCACAAGCAUCUGAAGAGAGUUUUCCUAAUAGAUCUCAACAGUACACACGGCACUUUCUUGGGUCACAUUCGGUUGGAACCUCACAAGCCUCAGCAAAUUCCCAUCGAUUCCACAGUCUCAUUUGGCGCAUCCACAAGGGCAUACACUCUACGUGAGAAGCCUCAGACAUUGCCAUCGGCUGUGAAAGGAGAUGAGAAGAUGGGUGGAGAGGAUGAUGAACUCAAGGGCUUACUGGGGCUUCCAGAGGAGGAAACUGAGCUUGAUAACCUAACAGAGUUCAACACUGCCCACAAUAAGCGGAUUUCCACUCUUACCAUUGAGGAGGGGAAUCUGGACAUUCAGAGACCAAAGAGGAAGAGGAAGAACUCACGGGUGACCUUCAGUGAGGAUGAUGAGAUCAUCAACCCAGAGGAUGUGGAUCCCUCAGUUGGUCGCUUCCGGAACAUGGUGCAGACUGCAGUGGUCCCAGUCAAGAAGAAACGGGUGGAGGGCCCUGGCUCCCUGGGCCUGGAAGAAUCAGGGAGCAGGCGCAUGCAGAACUUUGCAUUCAGCGGAGGACUCUACGGGGGCCUGCCCCCCACGCACAGUGAAGCCGGCUCGCAGCCGCACGGCAUCCAUGGGACAGCACUCAUCGGUGGCUUGCCCAUGCCCUACCCGAACCUCGCCCCUGAUGUGGACUUGACUCCCGUUGUGCCGUCAGCAGUGACCAUGAACCCUGCACCAAACCCUGCAGUCUAUAACCCCGAAGCUGUCAACGAACCCAAAAAGAAGAAAUAUGCAAAAGAGGCUUGGCCGGGCAAGAAGCCCACACCUUCCUUACUGAUUUGAUAUUUUUGGUCAUGGAGAAGGGUGGGAUUGGGUGGGAAUUGGGUGGAAGGGUGAUGGGGGAGCUAAUGAACUAGGGAGAAAAACUUUCCAUGUGUGCAGUAUCGUCUUUCAGAAUGUCUCCUGGGGUCCUAACCAUGUAAUAUUAAAACUGGGGGUGGGGUUGAAAUAUCCCAUAAAGACCUGUCUUCAGAACACUUGCAGUGUAGAGAGAGGUUUCAUAUAUCCUUUUAAAUAUACUGCCCUGGCUCUUUCCCAGGUCUUUCAUUACCUCCUUUUUCUUUUCUCCCCUUUCUAGGAUCGUUUUUAUUUCAAGUCACAUGCCCUGGGGAGAAACUCUAGGCCCUCAGGUUGAAUCCAGAGCUGUGGAGGUGACAGUAGUAUCACCAGCCUUGUGGGUCCAGCAGCCUAAUUUAUAUUUACUCUCUCUGCAAGUCCCAGAGAGCACAAGAGUUGCCACGGAUCCCAGGUCGAUCAAAAAGAGUGUAGAAUUCUUUAGUUAAACUAAGGUUUAAACUCAGAAAUGUUUUCCUGGGUCAGUGGUUUUGAGAUCCAGUAGUUAGGCUUUUCUCUUUUGUCCUCUCUGUUGGAAUGAGAACAUUUUGAUUUUCCUUCGUCUGUGACCAGUGCCAUAGACACAGGUUGAUAGUUUUAAAUUUACAGUAUUGUUUGACUUGACCUGUUUUUCUUAUCAAACCUGAGUCCUCUACUUGCCGAGGUUUCUCAUUCGAUUCCCGAGUACUGUCCUCUACUCUCUAAGGCAUUGCUUUCCUUUUCAAGUGUGUUAUGAAGGCAAUUUGUUAAGGAUAUGACCACUGAGAGCAAUUCCAAUUAAAAAGGAAAAGAUUUUACUUUGCAAGUAACCGAUGUCUCUAAGAGGACAUUUUUACGUGUUGGUUCGGAGGCUCUCCCCCCGCGCCCCACCCUUACUGAGAGCUCUCGUUAUCCAGAGCUCCACGACUAGACCUGGCUAACAAACAUAGGAGACGAAGGUAGGAAACAUUGAUAUGAGCUUUGUACAGAGAUUUGUACAUUUGUGUAAUAGGCCUUUUCACGCUUUAUGUGUAGCUUUUUACCUGUAACCUUUAUUACAUUGUAAAUUAAACGUAACUUUUGUCA